CCGCCGCCGCCGCCGCCGCCGCGGGCGUGCAUUUGCAUCCGGCUGGAGACCGCGCGGGAGCCCGCCCCCGCGCCCCGCUGAUUGGCCGCGCCGGCCCUCUCGUCACGCUCUUUUGUCUCAGUGGGCAGAGGAUAAAAGCCGCGGCGGCUGCCGUGGGAACCGCGCUGUCUGGACUCGGCUACCCCUCGCUGGGAGGCCGUGCGGAGCCGCUCCGCGGGCAGCUCCCGGUCGCUGGGCGGCCGAGGCCGUGCCCGUCCCUUCUCCCCUGCAGGGCCGCGGAGACCGGAAGGCGGCGUCCACCGCGGGCAAGGCCCGAGCGCAGGUAAAGAAAGGGGGCGCGAUCGGCCCGGCGCCGAGAGAGGAGGGGAAGCCCCACCAGUCCUGGGCGGCUCCCCGCUUGGGGAAUCGAGGACUGCGAAGGUCAGGAGCACUCCCGUGGCCCGGCGGCGCUCAGGGAGGAAGUGGGGUGCCCCUGGAUGCUGCCUAAUGGGUAGGAUUUGCCUAGAUUGAGAAGGGGGGCGUUUUCGGGGGUGGGGGCGGGGGGGGAGGAACGCAAGCUGUCUGCCUUGAUCCCCCCCUUUGCAUCUCUUCAUCUCUUCUGGAGAGGAGUGUGUGGCUGUGCGUGUCCCACUCCUAUUCCCUGUCUCCGUGGCAGGCCAUCAGAGCCGAAUCCGAACUUGAAUUCUGCGCGGCCGAUUGCAGAGCUGUCCGGACGCCCCGAGGUCCCGGAUCGGCGACCCCCGGUGGACAGAGAUCGGCCCGAGCCCGGAGACGAGCUUUCCCACGGAGGCCCCCGGCUGCAGAAGCUGGAAGCGGAAUAAAGGCGCGCGCGCCUGUUCCUGCGCUCCCUCCCUACUGAGACAGGAGGAAGGCGGAGUGCCCCAGCGCGCCCGCAGAUUAGGCAUUUCCACGGCGCCUGAGCGUCUUGUUAUACUCGGAUCCCCACCCCCCCACCCCCACCGCAUCGUCGUCAGUCAUGGCUAGCAUCAUUGCGCGCAUGGGUAAUAGCCGGCGGCAGAACGCACCGUUGCCGCCCUGGGCCCAUUCUAUGCUGAGGUCCCUGGGGAGAAGUCUCGGUCCUUUAAUGGCCACCAUGGCCGAGAGAAACAUGAAGGUGUUCUCGGGGAGGGUGGUGCCAGCCCAGGGGGAAGAAACCUUCGAAAACUGGCUGAUCCAAGUCAAUGGGGCCCUACCCGAUUGGAAUAUGUCUGAGGAGGAAAAGCUCAAGCGCUUGCUCAAAACCCUGCGAGGCCCCGCCAGGGAGGUCAUGCUUUUGCUCCAGGCGGCCAACCCCAACCUAAGCGUGGCUGAUUUCUUGCGCGCCAUGAAAUUGGUGUUUGGGGAGUCUGAGAGCGGUGCGUCCGCUCACGGUAAAUUUUUUAACACCCUGCAGGCACAGGGGGAGAAAGCCUCCCUUUAUGUGAUCCGUUUAGAGGUGCAGCUCCAGAACGCUAUUCAGGCAGGGAUCAUAGCUCAGAAAGAUGCCAACCAGAGUCGCCUGCACCAGCUCCUUAUAGGGGCCGAGCUGAACGGGGACCUGCGCUUUAGGCUGAAGCAUCUUCUUAGGAUGUACGCAAAUGAGCAGGAGCGACUCCCCAGUUUCCUAGAGUUAAUCAAAAUGGUAAGAGAGGAAGAGGAUUGGGACGACACUUUCAUUAAGCAGAAACGGCCCAAAAGAUCUGAGCCCGUGGUGGAGAGGGCCACCAGCCCAGUGGCCUCCCAGGGCUCCCCCCCGAUAGUGGUGGACGGUGCUGACUGCAACGUCAUAGAGAUAGACGACGUCCUCGAGGACUCCGACGAGGAUGUGAUCCUAGUGGAGUCUCCGGACCCUCCACUGCACUUUUUGGCGUCUCCUCUCCCCAGACGCAGGCCCAGACCUCGGGACCGAGUGCUAGUCAUUGACUCCCCCAGCAGUUCCCGGGCUCAGUCUCCUUCCACCAGUGGGGGUUCGGGGUAUAAGAAUGAUGAUCCUGGGAAUCUGCGUAGAGCCAGGAAGCGAAAACACGCGAUCCGCUGUUCAUACUGCGGUGAGGAGGGCCACUCGAAGGAGACCUGUGACAAUGAGAGCAACAGGGCCCAGGUGUUUGAGAAUCUGAUCAUCACCCUGCAGGAGCUGACCCAUACGGAGGAGGAGGGGCCGCGAGAGGCCCCUGGCAAACAAGAUGACCCUUCCGAGCCGCAGCGAGGUGGUAGCCCCCGGCCUUAAGUGAACCCUUAACCCAAACUCCGAGUCCAGCAAUGGGACGACUAGGGAGGGGCGCUUCUAAUUGCAUGAAUCCACCAAGCAGCUUUCUUUGCGGAGCGGAGCAGAAAGGGUCUUGGAUACCAGCUCAGUGGAGGGAGACGGCCUGACCUCUGCCCUUGCUUCCCCACUCCCUCUCUGCUGCCUAAGGGUCUGUUUUCUUUGUGUGCCCAUUUCUUUGAUGGCUUUAUUCUCUUUGUGAAAGUGGCAUAAUGCAUCGUUAAACCUCCAAACAAUAAAAGUACAAAAAAGUCAAGCACCAGUUACCCCAAACUCUCCACCCUGAUCUAACCAUUGUCAACCCUUUGACGAAUGUCCUUCUAGAUAUUUCCCUCUACCUAUGUACCCAGAUAUAUGUGCAGAUAAAAGUGAUCAAAUAUAAGUGCUGUUCGAUAGUCUGUAUUUUUUCACCAAACAAUGUAUGUCGUGGGCUUCUUUCUAUGUCAAUAAAUAUAUAUCAGCAUCUA